UUAUUUUCAUUGAAAUCCAGGCAAACAAAUUAUUGUUCAUCGCAGUGGUUACUCUAUAGUAUAGGCUUGCAUCAUGUUGCGCGCUGCGAUCAAUUCCGCUAAGCCUACCGUCAUGCAUUUUGCAUCCAGAAACAUGAGGAUGGCAGUCCCGGCUUGUCAAGCCCAAGUAGAUCCCAUUCAGAAGAUUUUUGUUGAUAAAAUCAAGGAGUAUGCUUCGAAAAGCAAGUCAGCGAAAGAUGGCCUCGUGGACGCAGAUAACGAUGCUUUGAAGGGUCUUCAUCAAGAAAUCGAUCGCGUGAAUAAAACGUUCGGGUUCAAAGAAGCUGCCGAAGUUGAAAAACUUCCAACGUUCAAUUUCAGCGAGCCAGCAAUCGAAAAUCCUGCGAAGUUUGGUGUUCGGCUGUCCGUUUUAGUACCAAGAAUGACUCUAAGAGCUGGCCUUCUUCUGGGGAUGGGAAACCCCUUGCUCGACAUCUCGGUGGAAUGUGACAAAGCUUUCCUAGAAAAAUAUGGAAUGAAGGCAAAUGAUGCCAUUUUGGCUGAGGAAAAGCACUUGUCGAUGUAUGACGAAAUGAAGCGGAUGGACGGUGUCCAAUUCACAGCUGGUGGAGCUACUCAGAACUCUAUGAGAAUUUGUCAAUGGAUGUCUGGAAUGCGACGUGUGGCGAGUUUCAUGGGUUGUGUGGGAACUGACGAAAAUUCAACAGUCUUGGCAGAAAAGAUGUCAGCUGACGGUGUAUUUGUUAGGUAUCAGAAAACCUCUGAGCAACCGACAGGUACGUGCGCCGUGGUCGUGACGGAUCAGGGCAAAAGCAGAUCGCUUUGUGCGAAUCUUGGAGCAGCCAAUUGUUUCACUGUCGAUCAUUUGGAUGUAGAUGAGCAUUGGAAAUUGGUGGAGAACGCUGAUUUUUUCUACAUCGCGGGAUUCUUCUUGACCGUGAGUACGGAGAGCAUCCUCAAAGUUAGUGAGCAUGCAUUGAAGUCCGGAAAAACUUUUUGCAUGAACUUGGCCGCGCCAUUCAUCUCGCAAUUCUAUAGGGAUCGGCUUCUCUCCGUAUUUCCUCGGAUUGAUAUAUUAUUUGGCAACGAAACCGAAUUUGAAACUUUCGCGGAGGAGGAAAAAUUGGGUACGACUGAUCGCAUUGAGAUCGGCAAAAAAUUGUCUCAGUAUCCGAAAGAUGACGCUGCGAGGAAACGCCUGGUAGUGAUAACCCAGGGUGAGCUACCUGUGAUCUGCGUUCAGGGAGAUGAAGUGACGAUUUUCGACGUUCCUCACAUUCCUGAGGAACAAAUUGUUGAUACUAACGGAGCAGGUGACUCAUUUGUUGGAGGGUUUCUUUCAAAGUAUAUCAUCGGCAAACCAUUGGAAGAUUGUGUCAAUGCCGGAAUUUGGGCCGCGCAUCAGAUCAUUGCUCGGCCUGGACUCACAUUCCCGGAAAAGUGCGCCGUCGAGAAGAGUAUCGGGAACUUCAUUGUUGACGUCCGUCGCGUCGGAAUGGACUCGAGAGUGUCCAAGAAAGGUGAUGAGUAUUGGUCCCAUGCGGGAAGCUUCGAGAAUAUGUUCGCGAAUCUGGAAGAAAUAGAUCCGUGGGAGGAUCCAGGUCAAGUCUUGGGAGGCUACGCGCAUGGAUCCAUCGAAGCCGAAAUUUCUGCCAAUGCCAGGUCCGGUGACGUCAGAACCUCAGCGUUUCAAGGUGCGCGGUCAAUGGCAUCCGAGCCAGAGCAAGAAAAGAUUUCAAAAUUGAUGUCCGAGCUGAAGCUAGUGAACAGAAAGUACCAGGAUAGAUUCGCACCGAUGCCGACUGAAACAGUGAGAGCAAUUAUGAUGGGACGCCCUUACAGUCUCGAAUGUUACAAAACUUUUGCGGACAAAACCAGUCUUCUCGAUGAAGCCUUAUAUAGUGGAGAUGGCAAUGCAAUCCUUGCUGCUGUGCUUCAUAUAAAGAAAACCAUGAAACGAACUCUGCUUGUAAAAGCUUUACAACGACGACCAGUCGCUGCCCAACAUCUGCUUCAUCACAUGAAGCAGCGCGCGGAAAACAUGGAAGUUUUAACCCUCUGCAAUGCUCUUGGUCGGAAGGAGGAUGCUUCGAUGUUUCAGUACGCACUUGCUGUAGAACAAGAUCCGUCUCAGCGAAUCAAAGCCCUGAAAAGCAUUGUAAAGGACUCCAGUUUGAGUGAACACGACACUGCGAUUGUGAACGACCAUAUCAGUCUUUUGGAGCGUGUGCAACUUCCCGUGGACGCUGCUGAUCGCUCGGGGAAUUCGCGAGCAGUUCUCGAUUCAGACAAGACGUUAGUCGGGUCAUCUUUGCAGGAAUCCGUGUAUUAUUGCACUUUUUAUCACUGGGGUGUGAGUGAGAAUCACUUAGCGUGUCCUGGAUCGCUGAAAAAGUUAUUCCAAAUGAGUGAUAGGCAGUUUCAUUGGCCAGUGCUGAGAGCUCUCGCCAAUCGCAAGCAGUGGAAUCAAAUCAUUGAGACCUUCAUCGUGAAGAAAACUCUACUGCGCAGUGCGCGAUUAAAAGGGGACAUUCCCGCCAAGGAAUUUCUAGCCAUUUUACGUUCCGCUGAAGCACCUGCUACCAUGAUAGACGUUGUGCUUAGCGUCAGUCCUGUCGGAGAGUCCUAG